AUGAACACCACCCAGGCUUCUAUCACCGAUGUUCUGCGGAACGUAAAAGGAGACCCGGUUACUGUAAUUCUUAUUGGGUUUGUGGUUCUGAUUGUAGUGUAUACUACAUUGCUUCCGUUUUAUUUGCGUAUUAAUCAAGUUAAUAGAGAGCGGGAUAACAAGAGUGAUCCAAUUUGAUGUAUCUUUGCAAAUACUCAUGCUUUUCCUCUUCUACGUGCUUUAUAUCUGCAUGCAAGCCUUCCACUUGCUGUUAUUUUUCCUAUCUAUUGGAAGAUUCACGCUAUAUUUUUGGCCGUCAUCUGAAAAAUUUCUAAUAUGGGUUCAAACAAGAUUGAGAAUUCGUUAUGUGUAUUUUGCAACUAUUGCUAAAGAAAUCAUAAGUUUUCUGAUAGUUGAUUAUGAUAACAAUGAAGAUACCGAUAAAGCAUCUUCCCGUGUGGAUUUGGGAUUCGAGAUCACUUGUCUAGUGCUCAGUGUUCUUAUAUUUGUCUCUGCAAUUCUCUACAUCCCGAUUAUGUUUAGUGUUCGGAAACAGUCGAGUCUGAGAGCAUUCAAAAAAGAUAGGCCGCAGACUUAUAUAUUCUGGCAGACAAUGAUUGUGCUGAUUUUCAAGUCGACCUACAUUCCAUUCUUCAUUGCAUCAAUGCGUGGCGGCGAGUUUUUCAUGAGCACGUUCAUUCACUUUAUUCUACUAUCCGACUUUGUCACAAUGCCACUGAUCAUUCAAGUAUCAUAUUUGGCCUGCAAUAAGCGAAACUCGAAUAUGCUCUGCUCCUCACUCAGAUUCCGUCAGUUUAUGAGAAAUAGUGUAUAUGUCAGUUCAUCGGUACGGCCCGCGAACGCUGUUGAAAUUAUUUCAAGUCAAGUUUCUCAGGCAUAA